GUGUGCAGUACACUUCAAGACCAUAAUGAAAUCAUUUAACCUUUACCAAACACCAUGUCUCAAUUUCCAGCGUUAGAAGACUUUGAUGCAGGACUAGGAUCUGCUUCACAAGAUAAAAGUGAACAACCCGCCGAUUUUCUUGAACGGGAGAAACUUGCACUCGGUGAAGAUGCGAAUCAGUUCGGUGCGGUAGAAGAUAAAGACUCGUUGUUGGGUGUAGGCAAAGAUUCUGAGACAGAAAAAGAUGAUUUUGAGAAGAACUUCCCUCCUAUCGAUACUGAAAUGCAACCUUCCGGUACAAUUUCGGCUCCCAGAGCCCCUUACAUGGCUCAAGCCGAGGUGCAUCCUCCUGAACAAGAGACAGAGGAUUCGGAACCCAUUCAGAAAUGGAAGGAGGCUAAUGAGCGCAGAAUUCGUGAGAAGCAGGAAGCAAGUCGAAGACUUUAUGAAUCCAACGUUGAAAAGGCAAGAAAGGCUAUUGAUGACUUUUAUGAGAACUAUAACGACAAAAAAGACAAAAUCAUUGCAAAGUCAAGAGAUGAACAAAAGAAACUUUUGGAUAAGAAUGAAGCCGUUUCGUCCGGUACUACUAGCUGGCAACGUAUUUUGAAGCUUGUGGAUUUGUCAGAGAAGACGGAAAAUAGCAGCCAUUCGGUUAAGCGUUUCCAUGAAUUACUUAUUAGUCUUGCUAAAGAUGAAUCUGCUCCUGGUGCUAGUGGAAAGGCAGUUUCUGCUUAGGAUGUAUUUUGUUUAAAAAGCCUGUUUGCAGGGAAUACUACAAUUAUAUCUUUCUCGCUUAACAACUUUUUGACUUUUUCCAUGUUCAAUGCAUACAUUACUGAAUCUUUCUUUUUUCUUCUUAACCUUUAGAAUACUACAUUUUACUGCUGUUUGCCUUUGUCCAUAACACAGUUGCGUAUUAAUUUACUAUUGCCAAUAUGCCAUCGUUUCUUAGUGUAUCCCUUCACCUUGUAUACAAUUGCUUAUUCUGUCUCUUGCCCGUCCAGAAUCUACCCUGGUCAGAACUCGUUUUUACGAUAAAUAUAUAUAUCAAAACUAAUAUUAUCUUUCCAUUUAUUUGUUCAUAAAAGAAAAAAUUCGUGCAAGUCUAAAAUCUUGUUUUAUUAUAUUCUGAUUCGUUUUCUCCGAAGGAUAAAUCAAUGGUAAAUUAAGGGUACUUACGAAGCCUACCCAAUGUCUUAACGAUUGAUCAUACCUUCAACUGCUUCUGCUUAUUUUUAUAACCAAUAAAUUCAUCUAAAACAUCCAUUAUACAUAAAAACAAAAAAGUAACGACAAUCAAGGACGUCGUUGUUGGGCUGCCAGCCUUUUUAUUAAUUCUGCUUGCAAUGAUACAUUCUUUCACUCUCAAAUAAGAACUGGAGACUGAAGUAAAUCUUACAAAACAUUAAUUCUUCCUUUACUGGGAAGGAACAUCAUCCAUCUUGCCUAGCUGCCAUUUUAUGAGUCUAUAAAAAUAACUUCCCGGCCGAGAGAGUUCUUCGAAUUUCCCUUGUUCAAUGAUUCUACCAUCACCAACGACUAGAAUUAAAUCAGCGCUUCGUAUGGUAGCUAGCUUGUGAGCAAUAGUUAUUGUAGUCAUAUUUCGAUUUUGCAUCAAUGCUUGAAUAGUACGAUUUACCAUUACUUCUGCUUCGCCGUCCAAAGCAGAAGUGGCUUCGUCUAAUAUUAGGAAAGCUGGUGUACGAAGGAGAGCUCUAGCUAUUGCAAUUCGUUGUUUUUGUCCUCCACUGAGUUGCAGUCCACGAGUACCAACUUGGGUAUCCCAGGUAUCUGGGAAAGUAUAUAUAAACCCACAAUCAGCACGCAUGGCAGCAGCUUCUAUUUCCUCUUGAGUUGCAUCUGGAUUACCGUAAGCUAUGUUAUCCCUGAUUGUACCAGUAAAAAGAACCGGUUCUUGACCCACGACACCAAAAUUACGGCGCCACUGUUGAACGUUAAAAGUAGAGAUAUCAGUUCCAUUAGCAAGAAUUUUUCCAGAAAUAGGAUCAUAAAAUCGCAAAAGAAGCUGAGAUACGGUUGAUUUUCCACCACCACUAGCUGCUACAAUGGCUAUAUUCAUACCAGGUUGUAUUUCAAAGGAAAGAUCCUUGAAGAUAGCAGAUUUUGGUCUCGUAGGAUAAGCAAAACCAACUUUAUCAAAAGUCAGUACUGAUUUUCGAAUGGUACUUGGUACUGGUAAUCCAGUGGAAGGUACGACUUUAGGGACACUGUCCAAUAAAUCGAACAAUCGACCAGCUGCGCCAAGACCUUUCAUUAUGUCUGUAAAACAACCGGAAAGACCUAUUAUACUUCCUCCCGCGUAUACAGUAUAUAGUAAGAAGGAGCUUAAUUGACCAACUGUAAUGUCACCAGCAGCAACCAUCUUACCACCCAAUGCAAGUAUAGCAAUAACGGUUGCGUUCCCGCAAAAUCCUGUAGAACCGAAAAAGAAGCCACCGGCCAAGGCCUCUUUCUUGGCAAGAUUGAAGAGAUUACGAAUGUAAUUAUUAUAACGAUGCACCUCCUGACGUUCUCCCAAGAAUGCUUGAGUAGUACGGACAUUGGCAAGUCUUUCCUCUGAGACUCGUGUCAGAUCACCUAAAGCAUCCUGUGUCUUCCGAGAUAGUUUUCUAACAUAUUCUCCGUAAAAGAAAGCACCUAACGCUAUGGGAGGAACAAUCAGUGACAUAUAACCGGUAAGAGUUAAAGAAGUAUACAACAUCAUAGCAAUACCAGUGACGGCGCUUACGGUACUUCUUAAUCCAUCACUAAGAUAUGUGGAAAGAGACUUUCCAACAAUGCUGCUGUCAGUGGUCAAGCGAGAAAUGAUGUCUCCGUGUAAGUGAGAAUCAAAGAAACGUCCGUCUAAACUGAGACAUUUAGCAAACAGCCGGGAACGGAGACGAGAAAUAAUGUUUUCACUUAAGAGUCGAAGUGUGAAGAUUCUACCAAAAUUGCAAAUGGAACCUAUCAAAAACAACCCAAGCAAUCCCAUAUAAAAUUUACUAGAAGGUAUCCCCAUGAUUUCUGUAAAUCCACUUUCAGCGCUGCUGGAUCCUGCAUCCAAAAUCUUGCCUACGGCAUAUGGAAUUGACAUGGAUAUAGAGGAGGAGAUUAACAGAAGCGCUGCAGCUAUGAAAAAGUUUUUCCCUUGACCUUUGGCAAGGACAAGAAUGCUCCAGAAGGUUACUUUUCGAGGUUCCUGAGAGGGUUUGUGAUCAGAUUCGGCUGAGGAUGAAUCAGAGCUUUUUUGCUGUGUUUUCAAAAGCGAUUCAUGGGACGAGGUACCUGAAUUUGGGGAUUGGUUAUGAGGACGUGAACCAAAAUUUUUGUUUGCAGCAACAUGAAGAUCGGUCGAAGUUUUGGAAUCAGACGAAAGCGAGGAGUUGCGUCGAACACUUGCUGGGAAAAUACGCGGGGGAUAAACAUGGUACGGAGCAAGAGAAGGAUAUUUCUGAUAAAAACUUCGGAAAGAGGAAGUGAAACCUCUUUUUGGCUGGGUGAUAUUUCUCAAGUUAGCUGACGCAGGGAAAGUUUGGGUUACGAACGAAGCUUGAUUUGUAGGAGUCAACUUCGCCAAGACCGAUAGCUUGGAGCAAGAAACCGCUUGAAACAGUCCAACAUUAUUCAAAAGGAACUUGCUUUGGAUCCGACGAGGGUGGACCGCAUUUUUACGAAUAAAGUCAACAACCAUUGGCUUUAUACAUGAAGAGGAGGAUGUAUGUCAGACACCUGAAUUGAAUACUUAGAAUAUGAAAAAGAGGAGUUUAUUCUAUCCUUUACGGAUGAAUUCUCUUGAAUAAAAAGUGCAACGUUUUAGAUCUUACACUUGACAAAAGUUGUGGUAAAGAUGUAACUUAACAAUCGAGCAUAAAAUCAUAAAGAUCAUUUCAGGUCCAUUGAAUGGGAUGUACAUAGGAUACAAAUAUUAUGAAUGCUAAUCCGUUUGUUUUUUUUUAACUUUCAGUGAUCGCAUUCGUUCAAUUCUUAGAGACCAUCUUAAUACUAUUUAGCAUAAUCUUUUCUGCCUACUAACGGUUUACUUUAAGUUCGUUUUCUUCUAUAUUAGUUUACUCUCCUUUGUAAUUCAAUUGAAUGUCAAGAACCACUAUGCUUUAUUAAUCAAUUUCAUAAAAAAACCGUUAAAAAUGUUGUCUAAGAUUUGGGAUAAGAAUAUACAAACAAUAUAUUAGUUCAAAAUAUUCGUCUAUGAAUAUGAAAUAACUAGUCUUAACUUUCUUCGAAGACUUUCUUUCAAGUUUACCCUGCCAUUUCUAGAGAAAUCUAUUUCAGAUACGCCAUUACCCAAAUUUUGAAGACAACCAUUUCAUUCAUAUCCAAGGGUCGAAAAUACUAAAGAGAAAUUAUCUAGAGAAUUUUCUUCU